AUGAGGGCAACAGUUACAAGCAAAGAUCACGAGCUUCAUAGUUACAAGGUUGAAAUGGGGGGUUCAGAGGCUUGCAAGAGAGAGAAGGGUCAAGGAUAUGAUAGGGCUAGUAAUAUGGAAAGUGAGUUUAAUGGCCUUAAAACACUUAUACUGAAAGAGAAUCCUUGUGCAUAUUAUGUUCAUUGUUUUGCUCAUCAAUUGCAAUUGGCACUUGUAGCCGUGUCAAAGAAUCAUAAUCAAAUUGCUUUACUUUUCACUUUGGUUUCUAAUGUGGUGAAUGUUGUUGGAGCAUCAUUGACUGAUGUGCUUGAAAUGAUUUCGGAGGAUGGAUCAAAUUCAGAACAACGAGCAGAAGCAAAUGUAUUGUUGGACUCAAUUCAAUCAUUUGAGUUUGUAUUCAACCUUCAUUUGAUGAAAACAAUAUUGGCUAUUACAAGUGAGUUAUUGCAAGCACUACAAAGGAAAGAUCAAGAUAUUGUUAAUGCCAUGAAUUUAGUUCAAAUUUCUAAAGUACAGCUCCAAAAGAUGAGGGAGAUGGAGCUCAUGGUAUUUAAUGAUCAACUUGAUACAUAUAUUAUCGACAUGCUAUCUAGUAGUGAGUUCUCAAUAUUGAAUGAAAUUGCCGAUCUUGCUAAGAAAAUGGUAGAAACUAGAAGUGACAAAAUAUAUCCAUUGGUGUAUUUGCUCUUGACUUUAGCAUUAGUCUUACCUGUUGCAACUACUACUGUUGAGAGGGUAUUUUCAGCUAUGAAUAUUGUGAAGAAUCGGUUGUGGAACCGAAUGGGUGAUGAAUGGAUGAAUGAUAGCUUGGUUGUCUAA